AUGGAAGGUGUAAUUGUAGACCUGGAAGAAACUCUGGGAAACACUGAAGCUGAGACAUGUUACGGGAGGAUACACGAUCUGGAAGGUGCUACUCCGACGAUGUGUCACAUGGCAUUGAAGCAGUUGGUCGACUUGGGACUCAUUCGACACAUUGUUUCGCAGAACUGCGAUGGGUUGCAUUUGAGAAGCGGCGUCCCGCGACGGAAAAUGUCUGAAGUCCACGGGAACAUGUACAUUGAGGCAUGUCUCAAAUGCCGACCACCGGUGGAAUAUGUUCGUGAUUUCGACGUGACAGAAAAAACCGGUCGGUUCAACCACAAGACUGGCAGGAAGUGCUACUACUGUGGAAAUGAUCUGAAAGACACAAUAGUGCAUUUCGGAGAGCGAGGGAAGAUCAUGUGGCCGUUGAAUUGGAGAGGAAUUGAUGCCAUCAUGGACGAUGUGGAUUUGAUUCUCUGUCUCGGAUCCAGUUUGAAGGUGCUCAAGUCUUAUGAACGACUUUGGGCAAGAGAAAGGUCUGCUAAGCAGAAACCCGAUUUAUUCAUUGUCAAUCUCCAGUGGACCCCGAAGGACAAAUGCUGUUCCGUGAAAUUACAUGCUCGUUGUGAUGAUUUUAUGAAGUUGGUCAUGGAGAAACUCCAAGUGAAUAUUCCGCCGUAUCCCUCUCAAUGGGGUGAUCCCUUGCGUCGCACUGCGACUCCGUUGCAUCCCUGGGAAAAAGUUACCUCUGUCAAGGCCAAUAACUGGUACGAGAAACAAAUUGAAGUGGAGGUGAAGAAGUCGUCGUUGAAGACGGAAAAUGACGUUUCUUCGAGUGCGGAAGAUUCAACGUCUGCCUCUUGGACCCCGAGUGGGUACUUCAAACAUGUCGCCUUGUUCCGAUCCGUUCCCGAAGGCGUGAAUCCCUACGAAGGCGUGGAGUUUCCUGCCAAAACCUCGGUGACGAAGGAACAACAACCAUCGUCGAUACCUAGUCUUCCUCAGCCUGGUUGGUACGGCAGGUACCUGAAGAAGAUACCAACGACGAAACGUAGUAGAAGACGAGGAAAAGGUCUUCGUUGCGCCGUCGGCAGUACCGCGAAACCCGAGGAAACAUCGCAAAUCAUUCAGCUCAAGAUUGAGUCGGUCUCUGAGCUUUUGCCCGAUUCCGAUGAUUGCGUGGAGAAAAUUGAAAAUCCUUUGAUUUUGUCGCAGGAUCAGGACGCGGUUAUUUUCGUCGACACUUGAACAAAAAGAAAAAGCUCGGAUUUAUUGUCUCAAAGUAAAAUCUCUUUACAACCAAACAAACACCGGUAAAACAAUUUUUUUUUUUUAGAAGUGCACUCUCUAUAACGAUCUUGUCCAGAACGAUUUUCACUGUAUAACGGAUUUUUGUUCUGUCCUAUAAGGUCCUUUCUCUGUUUUUCUGCAUUGUGGUUCUCUAUGAGGAAAUUCCCUCUUCAGCGAUUUUUUUUUCUGGUUUUCUUGAAUUUUUGUAGAGCAAGUCCAUCUGAAAAAUGAUCUUAUUUUCCAGUCUCAAAAGGAAGCCCAUGGAGUAAAUGUUGAAAUAAUCUUAUAAAAUACUUCUCCAUUCCAGUAUUACAACUUUUUUGAUGAAUUUAAAAAUUACAAUACAUUUCCUUCAGUCUGAAAUUUCUGAUCCCAAAUUUGGCGGACUGAUUCUUAUUGUAGCAUGAAUGCAAGCUGUACUCAGUGAUAAACAUGCUUCCGAGAGGUUCCACACUUCAUCCUCCCACAAUGAAGAGAUUUUCACAUCAUCUGCCUAGAGUAAAGCGAUUGGUGCAACUGAUGGAAUGCAUGGUUGAAGCUAAUUUUUCACUAGAAGGACUCUCAGGUUUUCAAAAAUGAUGAAAAAAAUUGGAGAAUUGGAGAAAAUCAAGAUCUAUGAUUGAUUACAGGCAUGUCUAAUGUGAAAAUAUUUUCUGGUGAUUUUAAUUCUGAAAAUCUUGUUAUAAUACAUUAUUCAGUCUAAUGAACUGUUUCUGAAGUCCCCAAAAAGUUUGUUAUACUGUAUUGAGAUUUUACUGUUGGUACAGAAAGGCGUGAUCGAAAUGGGAAUGCGUAUCACGUAGAUUUCGUUUUUUACUUCUGCUAUUCCGAAAUUCGUGAUCUCGCAGCAUUUUACGCGGUAUAUUUUGAGACGAAUGCAAUAAGCACGCGUUUGUGUGGGGUGUGGAACAAAAGCAUGUUUUCCAGUUUGGUGUGUAAAAAAAAAUUAGCAUCUGCGUGGAAUUAUUUUAUGAAA